CUUCAAUAACUCAUUUCCAUAGUCGAUGAUAAGAUGAUAAGAUCAUAGUAACCACAAAGCUUGUAAUAUAGUGGCUAGUGCACAUGCCGACCUUGUCCCCCCACUUAAAUACUUGAUCUAAAUCUAACCUCAGAACCAAAAAAACACAUCUUCAGAUCAAUUGGAAUACGAUCAACUAUAUUUUUGUUCUCCAAUGCAAUUUUAUCAGAAUUUUUGGUGCCUAAGUGUAUUUUUUGAAGGUGUUACUUCAUUCCAAUCCCAGUUUCAAGCUCUUGAUACCGAUAUCAUUUUAGCCAGCCUACCCAAAACUGGUACUUGGUUAAAAUCCCUACUUUUCGCCCUUGUAAAUCGGGAGAAUUUCUCCGAUAUAUCUCAACUUCCCCAACACCAAAAUCCUCAUGAACUUGUCCUCCACUUCGAGAUUGCAGUUUAUAAAAAAGACGUUACAAAUCAAAAUACUGACUUAACUAAAGUACCUUCACCUCGACUCUUUGCUACCCAUAUACCAUAUCCUUCAUUGCCAGACUCAAUUAAGACUUCUAAAUGUCGAAUUGUUUAUGUUUGUCGAAAUCCUUGGGACACUUUCGUUUCCUUAUGGCAUUUUUACCUUCAGUUUGAGGUAAACAAAGGAAUUAAGCCAGAUAGGGAUAUGAUGGAAGAAUAUGUAACUAAGUUUUGCAAGGGGAUAUCCUCCUUUGGUCCCUAUAAUGAUCAUGUACUUGAGUAUUGGAAGAAGAGCAUGCAAGACCAAGAAAAGGUGUUAUUCUUAGAGUAUGAAGGACUGAAGAAAGACCCAAAAACUCAUUUGAAAAAGUUGGCUGAGUUUGUGGGUUGUCCAUUUUCGGAAGAUGAGGAAAAAGGUAAUAUUAUUGAUAAGAUCAUAGAACUUUGUAGUAUUAAAAGUUUGAAAGAAAUGGAGGUCAAUAAAAGUGGCAAGUUUUAUCCUUGGGUUGAGAACAAGGCUUUGUUUAGGAAAGGAGACGUUGGAGAUUGGACAAAUCACUUAACUCCUUCUAUGGCUAAAAGUAUUGAUGAAAUGCAAGAAAAACUUCAGAGGAAUGGAUUUGUAGGAUAUUUUGGGGUAUAUUUAUGUGGAAGGAUUUACAAAAUAUAUUUGUGGAUGUAAAGUUAAUGCUCUUUAUCACUCAUAAACUAAAAACAUAAUAUAAUACUUGGAAUUUUGGUUUUACAAACUUACUAACAUUUCACUCAUUUCCCACACACAAAUAUUAGCUCACAAGAGCUUUUCUUGAUGCACUCUAAAAC